UCAUCUCAGGUCGAGACAUUCUACAGCAAGAGUCUAGUCACGCCCGCCUUGCCCAGUGAUGUUUUGCAAAAUGUUGCGAAUUACUCGGUCCAAAAAGCCAUGUCCAACAACCGCAACUGGUUCAUCAUCAUCGAUCUAUAUGGGGGUGCCAACUCGGCCAUCACAAAGGUGCCCAGCAACGAAACGGCCUAUGCGUUUUGCGAUCCCAACAAUCACCUCUUUCUUUACGAGUUUUACGACCGUGUAAACUUUGGCUCCUACCCAUCAAAUAGGUUUGAAUUCUUGGACGGCUGGGUCAAGAGUUUCACCGAUGGGCUCACCAGAGACCAAUGGGGAAUGUACAUCAACUACGCCGACCCGACUAUGAAUCGAACCACGGCGCAGGAUGUCUACUACAGAAAGAACCUGCCGAAGCUGAGAGGGCUAAAGACCGAGCUUGAUCCCACCGAGCUCUUUUACUACCCACAGGCUAUUUAG